AUGCGUCGGAGACCCCCGCCUCGCUCCCGUGUCUCCUGGGAGACGUGCCGAGGGCUUUCGGCUUCGGACGCCGGGGCGGAGGCCGCCUCGGGGUGGCGACAGAUGAGGGACGCGCGCGAGGGCGGCCCCAUCGCAAACGCGUUUCACCUGCGGCGGGCCGCUCGGGACGACGGCACCGUUUGCCGCGACCUGCGCCCGUCGUGUCCUCUGACCGCGCGGCGCGGGGCGGGGUGGGGCGGCGCGGGCCGGUUCCGGCGCUGGAGGAGCUCUCGGCGGCGGCCUCGUGCGCCUGUCCGCGUGAACCCCGGCGACAGGGUAGGGUGGAGCGUCAAGGCCGGGACCUCUGUGCCUGUGCGCGGGCUCGGGGCCAGCCGGCUGACCCACUUCCGCCGCCGGCGGGCCGGGGGGCCUGGGCGUCGGAGCCAUUUUUCUCACGACCCUCUGGCUCGGGCACACGUGAAUAACUGUGUUGGUGACCGGUGUAGGGAAGGAAGACAUUUCCUCGUCCCAAAUAUUGGAUAUGGAUUAUUUUCGUCGACACUGGUUAGGGGUGAGGACACUAGUAGGUGCGUCCACCACAUCCAGCCUCCUCCAGCACCUCCAACAUGUUUCAGGGCGAGAAGUCCCGUGUCCUCUCAGGACCACGACUGCGUUAUUAAAUGCUGCAAGAAGGUCCUUCUGGUUGUGCUAUGUGGGACGCUGCCUCAGCAUGGCCUGAUGGGCGGUGCUAUGUCUGCACCCAGGAUCCAAACCCACGAAACCCUGGGCCACCAAAGCAGAGUGUGCGAACUCAACCACUCAGCCAUGGGGCCGGCCCCUGAAAACAGGAUUUUAAAAGAUUGCUUUUAGGUUUUUUCUAUGAAUGAAAGUAGUUUUAAGGUAGACAGAUGUGUGUUAAUAAAAUAAUUUGAUGCAGGGAGAGUUUGGAGCAUGUUAUCAGGACAGUAACAUAAAAAUGACAUGGAGAAAACAGCAAAAAAAUUUACUUUGAAAUUACUGUGUGGUAGUUUAAUCAGUGUUCUCAAAUAAUAAUGAAUGAAGACUAACUUUGCCAAAAGCUUGUAUUUUAGAAUGUUUUGUUUUUGUGAUUUUUAAAACAUUAUAUUAAGAUAUCAAGCUAUUACUGUAGAUGGGAACCAGCCUGCAUUAGUUAGUGUUCUCUUUUGUAUUAGAGAGGGGCGGUGAACCCCAUGAGGGUUUAUACUUGGAAAACAUAGUUUACGUUUAAAUGAUUAUUUGACCAACUUAUUUUGAGGUAUAAAAUACAUACAGUUAGUGUUUGCUCAUGAUUAUAUAUUGGUGAAAAGAUAUUUGAAAGAGUAUUAGGAAAAAAAAGUGACAAUUCCAAGGAGCUACAUCAAUAUUUAAGAUAAAGAUAAAAUGACUAACAAGGUUUACAAUAUACACAAAAGGGUUUUCAUAAAUAUUUGUUCUAAGGUGCCUGAUGAUAACUAAAAGAGAUUUUUCCUACUUUUGCCUUUGUAAAUCCCCUUAUUAAAAGAAAGCGUGCUAAUACUGUCAAAA